AUGAUCAACAGUAGUGAUCACCGUGCCGUCACCGACACCUCUUCCAUGUUUCAUCCUCACACAGCAUACCAUGAAAACACAACCAAUUUUCCACCCCAACUGCGUUCACGUUUCCAUUCUCCCAUCCUCAUCGGACACGGUACCUUUGCCAAAGUCUACAAGUGUCAAGACACCUCUCGAAGCCAUCAAUGGAUUGCGUUACGAGUCGUUCAAUGUGCACCAGAAGAGACAGAAAUUAUCCAAGCUGAACAUGAUGCUUGUUUAUUUCUUCAACGAAACGAUGUUGCAUGUGAUUAUUUGGUUCCCAUUCUCGACAUUAUAGAAUUGAAUCCAUUUUGUUUGGCCAUCGUGAUGCCUCUCUAUGAAUACGGAGAUUUGGAACACUUUAUAUCUGAAUUGGUUUUGAAAAAGCAACAACAACAACACACUCCAAUGGGCUACUAUGUGUUAAUUUUACAAAUCAUGAUUCAAUUAACCAUUGCUUUAAAUAUCGUGCAUCGACAAGGUCAUUGUCAUUGUGACCUUUCAUUGAAAAACAUUUUUGUGAAACAUUACGACGACAAGUUACAACAGGUACAAAUCGUGUUGGGUGAUUUUGGAAUGGUACUUUCAACGGAAAAUACUCUCACUCUUUCUCAACGAAGAGGAACUUUGGAAUAUUUACCUCCAGAUGCUCUUCAUGAACGAAGAUAUAGUCCUAAAACUGAUUAUUGGAGUUUGGGUGUGGUAUUAUUUAAAUUGUUAUUUCCAAAUUCGGUAAAUUCAAUUAGUAUUUGUAAUUUAGCAGCUGAGUGUGGAACAAGUAUGACAAUGUCCAAUCCGUUAAGACACUCAAUGACAAGUGUCCAUGCACCUUCUGGACACCCUUUCAUGAAUCCAAUGAUUCCUGUCGAACAACAAUGGGAGUUUCUAUUAAGUCAAACAGUUUUUCAAGCCACUCAAAAGGAAGGAAUGAAUUUCACACCUGAGAUCAGGUCAUCAUCCAACAUGGAUCCUGCUUCUGUCCAUUUCCAUUCAUUCCAUCAUCCUCCACAUUUCAAUAACCAAAUGGAUUCCAUGAAUUUUCAUCAGUGUUUGCAUGUUUUAUUAUGUCAAAUUUUGGGAGCUUUAUUAAGAUACAAGAGAGAGGAACGAAUGAAUACGAUCAAUGUCUUGGAAUUGUUGGGAUUGUGUGCAAGUUUGUUAUGUUUUCAAGAUGAUUAUAAAUUGAUACCAAUUUCGAAAUGGAAUGCAAGUCCAAUGAAGAGAUUUUUCCAAACAUGUAAAACCAUUCAACAAGGAAUUGAUUUGUUAAAAGAUCCAUACUUCCACAGAAUCAAGAAACAUCUCACACACGCCGAGAAGAUUUUUGAAUCCAUCAAGAGCACCAACAGUAGCGACUCAUGCACAGGCCAUUUAUUAGAACAAUUUCUUGCCAUUUAUCACAUUCAACAGCAGCAAUACGAACAAGCUUUGGACCAUUUAGAAAAAUCUCUCAAAGCCAUCAAAAAUCCAAUCACACUGAGUUUGAAAUAUAGUUGCAUGAUGCAAUUAGGUUCUCAUCACUUCAAUACCGUUAUUGAUGGAUUUACUGAUCUCAUUCAACGAGUGGGUCCUCAUCCCAUGUUUUUCUUUCAGAGAGCCAUGAUGUAUUGUCGUUCCAAUGAUCGACAAGAUAUUUUGAAAGGAAUUCAAGAUUUGAGAAUGGCACGUCAACUCUGUCCAGAAAGUUUGGCCAUUCAUUAUGUAUUAGCAAGUAUUUAUUCCGGGAUAGGAGAAAUUUCACAAUUGAAACAAGUACUUUUGGACAUGAUGUCAGUUUUUCGAGGACAGGAAGAAACAAAUGAUGCAUUGAAAUUCGUAGCAAGUAUCAUGAACAGAGAAUGUGGCGAAUUCCAAAAUGCACUCAACUACGCAACUCCCCUCGCACGAAAAUAUCGAAAUUCUCCAUUAUACAUUUUGUGUGCACAAUUAUUCAAAUAUUUGAGAAAUGACAAGAUGAGUCGCCUCUAUAUAUCGAUGGCCCUUCAAGUAGAACCCACAUGUACAUUAGCACACCGUUUCAAACUUCAAACCUUGAUGUAUUUUAAUGCGUUAUUAUCGGAUCAGAAACUUGCAGAACAACAGUGGAGGGAAUUGACCAAUACGAAAAAGGAAACGAUUUCCAUGUUCCCAGUCGAAGUGUUGCCAUUGUUUCCGGAUGGAAGUCCGUAUGUUAUUGUUCCAAUGGCCUUGUUGUUGAAUGACAAACCUCCGGCAAGUUCAGAUAGUACUUUUACUAAUUUUGGAAAUCCUUUAUGGAUGACCAAUUACAACCAUUCAUUUCAACCAAGCAAUUCUCAAUUCCAUGCAUCACAUGCUUCCUCAUCAUGGAUGCAACCACCAUCCUCCUCAUUCAUUCACACCUUAAACCAAAAUCCUUACAUGGCUUUUCAAAAUCCACAACAAGUCCAUCAAAACUUUCAAUACCCUCCAAAUGUAACUCAAUCACACGUAUCUUGGAUGCAACCACAAACACAUCACCCAACAAUGAAUCACAACCAUUCAUUUCAUUCAUUGAUGCCAUCAUCUUCAUUGCUAAUGACAACUCCAGGAAUGAAUUCGACAAGUCCUUCUCCACUCAUGGACUCAAUGAAUGGAUCGCCAAUUCAAGGCGUUCAACCCGUGUCAAGCCGUCCUUCUUCAUCCCCAUUGUUGACAAGAAAGAUCAUAAUUCGAAAAAUGGAAUCCAAUGCCAAAUAUUUUCUAAAUUUGGAAGCUAGUGAAUGGACUUGCAUAAAGCAAGUACUUUUAAAAGUGAAUCAAUUAUUGCAACAACGAGCAUUGGAAUUGAAUAUGGAACAUGUGGAACGAGUAUCAUUAAUGGAUGAGACUCAAAAGAGUAUUAUCACUGAUAGUUCACAACUGUUCGAGAAUGUCACCUAUGUGGCAUUGACAAGAGCUCAACAGCUCGAGCUUGAACAAUGA